GGUGGCUCCAGAAAGCUGUGGAUCUUGUAUGUCAACGGCCGGUGGCGCUUUCUCGCGCUCUCCCCUUCCUCAUUCUCCUAAACUUUUUUCGUUCGCCUCCGUCUUCCCUGCUGCCCUGACCCUGGCAAUGGUCUAGCCUGCACUCUGCAGCAACCCGCAAUAACUUCUUCAUUCUUGUUUCACUGUCACCUACCAUCACCUACCGUCACCUACCGGUACCGUACUUAUGCGAAAGAAGGAACAGUCCCUCUUUUACACACCUCAACCCCCCUCCCCAGAGCGUGGUAGGAAUCUUUGAUCGUGACUCCCCUUGGCCUGCCUGUUACUGGCAGUCCGAACAUAGCAAGUUGGAGGGAUUAAAAAAUCUGAGAACGGAGAGGGCGGUAGACUAGCGAAGAUCCUUCAACUCAGCUAGCCCUCUCUCUUGCUUUUUUUUUCAGAAUUGGUUUUGCCUUCACUUUUUCGCUAAGAGCCGUGAAACCAUAAAAUCGUUGACCGGCCAGAUCCAGUUAGGAUGACUGUUACAGUAGGCGUCGGAUUUCAUAUUCCAACCCUACAUCCUCCCCCUCUCCCUCUCCACACCUUUCCAUAUUUCCAGCUCCCCCCCCAUCCUGUGCUGGUAGUGGAGGAGCACCGUUAGGGUUCUGUGGCUUUUAGAGAGCUCUUCGUUCCUUUCUGGCAGGGGUGGGUGUGCCUAUCUGCCCUUGGUAUAUUUAUCAGGGCCAUUGCAAUUGGAUGGUAGGACUACCGUAUUGAAAAUUCGAUAGAUAUCUCUUUCCAAUUCCCUCUUUUCCCCACCACCAACCGCAAUAACUGCUACCAUCUCUCUCCUUCCCAGCAUUUAUCUGCUGCUGCUCCCAAUCCUCCUGCUGCUGCUGCUACUGUCCACUCUGCAGCUCAGGCGUGAGAAAAAAAGGUUGUUUCUGUCAUUGUUCUGUUACUUCUGAGAGCGUUUGCACUCGAUUUUUUCCUAGCUCCUAUGAGUUAUUCGGCCAAAAACGACGAAGCAAACCUCUCCUCCGGGUCUCCAACACCUACUCCGGGUGCAUACUUUCCUGUCCAUCAUGAUAUCUCGCCAACUUCAAUCUCUCCCAAUGUAGAUAUACCUCCUACGGGCCUCCGUCAGCGAAGGUCUUCCCUUUCACUAGGUUUGGAUGCAAUUCGCUACGCUGGAGGCGUGAAUUCCCUUGACAACUUUGCUCGCUCUUGGACUAGAGCUGCUGGUUAUUUUGAAAUUACGCCGUCCCGGCAAUCCUUCGUCUCUGUCGACCCCUCCAGAGACGAGGAGGAGCCUGCCUCGUCCUCUGCUAUAGAUGACGAAAGCUAUUAUGACGACGCCGAGGUCACCCGACACCUCGCUACGAGGGCUUCCCUACCGACAACUGGCUUUGGAUCUUAUGGCCGGACUCCCAUGUAUGGGAGCAUGAAUACGGGUUUUCCCGGAGCAAGACUGGAUCAUACGGCAACAAGACAUGCCGCAGAUCUGUUUGUCCAGAAACAAACUGCCGGCGAGGUAGUCGUUGUGGAUGAGACUCUGGAUAAAGAGAGGGAGCCGCUCCUCGUAACCACCGUUACAACUGAAAGUGGAAAGGUCGAGCAGGUUAUUGUCGGUCAGAGCACACUACCUCAAACAGUCUUCAAUAGCGUCAACGUCCUUAUCGGGAUUGGUCUUUUGAGCUUACCUCUUGGCUUGCGUUACAGUGGGUGGCUGAUAGGGUCAAUAUUCUUGGUCUGUUCCGCCCUGAUAACGAAUUACACCGGAAAGCUUCUUGCCCGUUGCCUUGACAAAUCCCCAAACCAGUCGUUGGUAACUUAUUCCGAUAUUGCCUACAUUGCCUACGGGCACAAAUCGCGGAUAUGCGUUUCGGUCCUUUUCUCACUGGAGUUGAUGGCGGCGUGCGUCGCGUUGGUUGUCCUGUUCUCGGACAGCUUGAAUGCACUAUUCCCUCAGAUCGAUAAGUUUCAGUGGAAGAUCAUUGCGGGCUUUGUGUUGACUCCUUUGAGCUUCUUACCCUUGAAGGUGUUGAGUUUCAGCAGUAUUCUAGGGAUUCUCUCUACCUUCAGCAUUGUUAUGAUUAUCUUUAUUGAUGGUUGGUUGAAACCCAGUUCCCCUGGGAGCUUAAGGGAGCCAAUGCCUACGUAUCUAUUCCCUCCAAGCUGGUGGACAAUACCCUUGAGCUUUGGCUUGCUCAUGUCCCCUUGGGGAGGCCAUAGUGUGUUCCCAAACAUCUAUAAAGAUAUGCGUCACCCGAAGAAGUACAACAAAGCUGUCGACAUCACAUACAUCUUCACAUUCGUCCUUGACAUAACCCUCGCUGUCACCGGCAUAUUAAUGUUUGGAGAUGGAGUGUUGGAUGAAAUUACUUCGAAUAUUUUGGAGCUUUCUGGGUACCCUGCCGCCCUCAGUAUGGCCAUGGUGGCGUUUGUUGCGAUUAUCCCAUUGACCAAGACACCUCUGAAUGCACGACCAAUUAUUACCACGCUUGAGAUCUUCGCUGGUGUAGAUCCUCGAGCUAUAGCAUUGCAAGGGGAGUCGGUUGGAACUUCUGGAUUAACUUGCGGUUUGUUGAAAAGCGUUAUAAGAAUUGGCGUAAACGCCUCCAUCGUUAUCAUUGCUAUCCUUGUCCCAUCCUUUGACCGAAUCAUGGCUUUCCUCGGAUCCGCGCUUUGCUUCUCAAUUUGUGUCAUCCUCCCCAUGAUGUUCUAUCUCAAGAUUUAUGGAGACGAAGUGCCAAAAAGGGAGCGUAGGAUAAAUCAGAUCCUCAUUGUGGUUUGCACUAUAGUGGCAACUACUGGUACGGUCGCAGCGUUCGUCCCUAAGGAGAGCCUGGGAGCGUAA